CACGUGACGAGGGUGGUAAAGAGAGAAAGAAAGCAUCAUGCACGGCGCUCCUGUCGAUGAAGCAACUACAAGUUAUUGCAGUGUUUUUUUGUUUGCCGUUUUUUUCUUGAUGCGAAAUCGAAAGCUAUAUGAGCUGACGGGGAGAUUUCACUGCACGCGGUUAAGAUGAGCAGCAGCAUGUCUUCAACACAAAUUCUCGAUUGUUGAUUUGUGUGGCAGUUUAGCUGCAGUAUGUCAGAGGAGCAGGAAAAGAACGCUCCAUCUGAGAUGAGCGUCCCGGUGGAUCAGAGGGACAGAUCAGACUCUGAGGUUUCCAGCUCUGUAAAGAGUGAUCAGUCGAAAGGUGAAAUGCCACUUUUCAAUGAGGAAACGCCUACCAAAAGUGAAAAAUUGGGCCUUCGUGUGUCCUUCAGUGAUAAUACACCAUCACAAACUAAAAGUGAAAGAUCAGGUUCACCUGUAAACAGCUCUGUGUCUAUGAAGAGUGACCAUUCAAAAGGUGAUGGACCAAACUUCAGUGAGAAUACACAAUCACCUUCUAAAAGUGAAAAAUCUCACUCGCAUGUAUCCAGCUAUGUGUCUAUGAAGACUGACCAUUCAAAGGGUGAUGGAUCAAACUUCAAUGAGGAAACACCAUCACCUUCCAAAAGCGUAAGGUCAGGCUCGCGUGUGUCCAGCUCUGUGUCUGUAAAGAGUAAUCAUUCAAAAGGAGACGGACCAAACUUCCGUGAGAAAACACCAUGUAACAAAAGUGUAAGAUCAGGCUCACGUGUGUCCAGUUCUGUGUCUGUGAAGACUGACCAUUCAAAAGAUGACGGACCUAACUUUAGUGAGAAAAAAACAUCAUCUUCAAAAAGUGUAAGAUCAGGCUCACGUGUGUCCAGCUCUGUGUCUGUGAAGAGUGACCAUUCAAAGGGUGAUGGACCAAACUUCAGUGAAAAAUUGUGUAUCAAGAGUGAAAAAUCUCACUCGCAUGUAUCCAGCUAUGUGUCUAUGAAGACUGACCAUUCAAAGGGUGAUGGACCAAACUUCAAUGAGGAAACACCAUCACCUUCCAAAAGUAAUAAAGGACAGAAGACCACAGUAGAUAUCGGUGCAGAAAUUACACGAUGGAACUCUCUAAAAAAACAGAAAAAAUUGCAGAGUGAUGAGGAACUGGCAAAUUUUCUUCUCAACAGGAUUCAGUUUGAAAAAUCUGACUCAAACUACAAGAAUUACCGGAAUCGCAAGAAUUUCAGAGAAAAUCUGUUCUGGAUCUUCAAGGAUAUUGAGAACAAAAUAAUUGUAUUUCUCAAGAAUGAGCUGGAAAAGUUUAAGAAAAUAUUAAAUAGAGAGAAUACACAGUACUUUGUGCAGGACUUUACAGAGGAAAUACGUGAUAUCAAAGAAGCAACUCUUGAUAUGACACUCUUCUUCCUGAGAGAUAUAGAGCAAGUUGAGGCUGCAAAUGCCCUACAAGAUGAACUGGUCCUCAUUCAUCAGCGACCACUAAAAUCAAACCUGAAGAAGAAGCAUGAAUCGGUAUCUGAAGGAAUUGCGAAGCAUGGUGACUCCAAGCUUUUGAAUAAAAUCUACACAGGUCUUUACAUGACACUGGGUGUUAGUAAACAAGUCAAUACAAAACAUGAAGUAAUACAUGUUCAGAAUGCUGACAGGCGUCAUGAAUCAGAAGAGAUUCCAGUUGAAUGCAAAAAUUUGUUUGAAGCACCUGAACAAGAGAAGCAGAUCAGAACUGUAAUGACAAAAGGAGUUGCUGGCAUCGGAAAAUCCAUCUCUGUGCAAAAGUUUAUUGUGGAUUGGGCUGACGGUAAAGAAAAUGAGGAUUUUACUUUCAUAUUUCCUCUUGCUUUUAGAGAAAUGAACUUAAAGGAGAAAGAAACCCAAAGCUUGACAGGUCUUAUACGUCAGUUUUUCCCAGAGAUAAAAGGUCUGAACCUUUCAAGAAGUGAUAAAUUUACAUUACUGUUCAUCCUUGAUGGUUUGGAUGAAUGUCGUCUUCCUCUGAACUUUGAGAGUAAUGAGACUUGCCGUGAUGUAUCUUUACCAGUCUCACUGGAUGUUCUCCUCACAAACCUCAUCAAGGGAAAUCUGCUUCCUUCUGCAAAGAUCUGGAUCACCACCAGACCAGCAGCUGCCAUUAAAAUUCCUCCCGAUUGUAUUGACCGCGUCACUGAAGUACAAGGUUUUAAUGAUGCACAAAAAGUGGAGUACUUCAGAAAAAGAUUCACAGAUGUGGAUCUGGCCAACAAAAUUAUUGAUAAUGUUAAACAAUCAAAGAGUCUUUUUAUCAUGUGCUACAUCCCAGUCUUCUGCUGGAUUUCAGCCACUGUUCUCCAGAACAUUUUGGAGGAGAAAAUAAAUGAUCUCAAAAACAAUCAAACUAAUGACGCAUCCAAAACACAGCAGGAAUCAAACAUUGAAGACACUCCCAAGACUCUGACACAAAUGUACACACAUUUUUUUCGCUUUCAGAUCCUGCAGAGUAGACGAAAGUAUGAAGGAAAAUAUACACCAGAUGUUUCUUGGGAUAAAAAUGCCAUGCUUUCUCUGGGUAAACUGGCAUUUCAUCAGUUGCAAAGAAAUAAUCUGCUCUUUUAUGACAAAGAUCUGGAAGACUGUGGUAUUGAUGCAGAUAAGGCAUCGGUGUACUCAGGGAUGUGUAAUCAGAUCUUUAAGGAGGAAAGAGGAAUAAUUCUUGGUACCACUUUCUGCUUCGUUCACUUGAGCAUUCAAGAGUUUGUUGCAGCCCUUUAUGCACAUCUGUUUCUAGACAUCAACGAGAAAAGUGUGUUUGUUUGUGAGUCUACAGAACAAGAAAACAGAAAUAAAACCAUGAUUGAUUUGCUCAAGACUGCAGUGGACAAAGCACUCGAGAGUGAAACUGGUCACCUGGACCUUUUCCUUCGCUUCCUUCUUGGUUUAUCACUCCAGAUCAAUCGUCCACUCUUACAAGGUCUGUUAAAAAAAAAAGAUGACAAUGACCAGAGCGAAAAGGAAAUAGUUCAGUACAUCAAGCAGAAACUAGAGGAUAAUCUAUCUCCAGAGAGAUCCAUCAAUUUGUUCUACUGUCUGAAUGAACUAAAUGAUCAAACUCUGGUGAAAGAGAUUCAGACUCAACUUAGAGAAGGAAGUCUUUCAUCUGCUGAUCUUUCACCUGCACAAUGGUCUGCUGUGGCCUUUGUUUUGUUAACAUCAGAGGAAGAGAUGGAGGAGUUUGAGCUUCAGAAUUUCAAGAAAUCAGACGAGUGUCUCUUUAGGCUAUUAGAAGUUUUAAAAAACUCCAAAAGAGCUCUGCUAAAUGAUUGUGGCUUAACAGAUAAGAGCUGUUCAAAUUUGGCUAAAGCUCUUGGAUCAGAUAACAAACUGAUAGAGCUGAAUAUGAGCAAUAAUAAUCUUGAGGAUUCAGGAGUAAAGCAGCUUUGCACUGGACUGGAGAAUAGUACAAGCAAAUUAGAGAGACUGAUGCUUAGUAAGUGUGCACUAACAGAGAGCUGUUCAGAUCUGGCUUCAGUUCUCAGCUCAGACUCCAACAGUCUGAAGGAACUAGAUUUGAGCAAUAAUGAAAUACAAGAUUUAGGAGUAAAGCGUCUCUCUAAUGGACUGGAAGAUAAAUGUAAACUGGAGAAACUCCGACUUUCAGACUGCAGCAUCACUGAAGAAGGUUAUAAAGCUCUGGCUUCAGCUCUGAGAUCAAACCCUUCACACCUGAUAGAGCUGGAUCUCAGAGGAAAUGAUCCUGGACAAUCAGGAGUGAAGGAGCUCCUUGAUUCUCUAAAGUAUCCAGAGUGUGAACUAAAACUAAGAGGAAAUGAUCCUGGACAAUCAGGAAUGAAGCAGCUCGGUGAUAAACUACAAGAUCCAAACUGUCAAUUGAAUCUGAGGUUUUUGGGUCGUGAAGCAGAGGAAGCCUGUCAAUAUGUGACUGGAGUUGUGAAGGAAAACCCAUUACUUCUAAGAGAACUAAAUCUGGGUGAACAUAAACUAGACUUGAAGCGGCUCGCUCCUCUACUGCAGGAUAAACACUGUAAACUCAGCAGACUGGUUCUAAAUAACAGCUUUAUCACACAAGAAGAUUGUCGUGUUCUGGUUGAAGCUUUAAAUUCAAACCCUUCAAACCUGAUAGAGCUGGAUAUGAGUGGGACGAAACUCAGAGACUCAGGAAUGAAGAUUUUCUCAACUCUGUUCAAGAAUGAAAAGUGUAGAGUCGAAAAGCUUAAGUUUAAUUGUAUAUCUAUUACAGCAGACGGAUGUUCUGCUCUAGCUGCAGAGUUGAAUUCAAACCCCACAAACCUGAUAGAGCUGGAUUUGAGUAAGAAUCAACUAAGAGAUGCUGGAGUAACAGAAAUCUCUACUCUUCUGGGAAAUUCACAAUGCACACUAAAGAUACUCAGUCUUUCAGACUGCAGUAUCACUGAAGAAGGUUAUAAAGCUCUGUCUUCAGCUCUGAGAUCAAACCCUUCACACCUGAAAGAGCUGGAUCUCAGAGGAAAUGAUCCUGGACAAUCAGGAGUGAAGGAACUCCUUGAUUCUCUAAAGGAUCUAGAGUGUAAACUAAAACCAAGGUUUUUGGAUUCUGCUGCAGAAGAAGCCUGUCGGUAUGUGACUGCAAUUGUGAAUAAAAACCCAUUACUCGUCAGUGAGCUGAACCUGAGUGGAUGUAAACUAGGAGACACAAACAUGAAGCGACUCACUGCUCUACUGCAGGAUAAACACUGUAAACUUAACAAACUGAUCUUAAAUAAAAGCAGUAUUACAUCAGAAAGUUGUGAUGCAUUGGUCUCAGCAUUCGAAUCAAAUCCUUUAAACCUGACAGAGCUGGAUCUGAGUGGGAAUAAACUCAGAGACGCAGGAACAAAGAAGAUCUGCCCUCUGCUGAUGAAUAGACAAUGCAGACUGAAUAAACUUAAUCUUUCAGACUGCAGUAUCACUGAAGAAGGUUAUAAAGCUCUGUCUUCAGCUCUGAGAUCAAACCCUUCACACCUGAUAGAGCUGGAUCUCAGAGGAAAUGAUCCUGGACAAUCAGGAGUGAAGGAACUUCUUGAUUCCCUAAAGUUCCUAAAGUUUAGUUCCCCAGAGCGUGAACUAAAACUAAGGUUUUUGAAAAGUCCCGCUGCAGAGGAAGCAUGUGAGCAUUUCACUCAAGUUCUCGGUAACAGUCCAUUAUUACUGACAGAACUGGAUCUGAGUGAAGAUAAAUUACGAGAUCUGGAUGGGGAGAAACUCUCUGCUCUUUUGAUGGACUCUCAUAGCAAAGUGGAGAAAAUUAAGCUGAAUAAUUGUGAGCUGACAGAGAAAAGCUGUUCAGUUCUAGCUACUGUUCUCUCCUCCAAAACCAUCCUGAAAGAGCUGAACCUAAACAACAGUUAUCUUCUGGACUCAGGAGUCAAACAGAUCUGUGAGGGACUGAAGAACCCUGUGUGUGAGCUCAAGAUACUCAAGUUCAGUGGCUGUGCACUAACAGAAGAAAACUAUUCAGCACUUGUUUCAGUUCUUAAUUCAGUCUCCAGCAAACUAAAGGAACUUGACCUGAGCCACAGUAAUAUGCAGGACUCAGGAGUGAGGCUGCUCUCAGAUGGACUGAAAGAAAACUGUAAGCUUGAGAAACUAAGUCUUUCAGACUGCAGUAUCACAGAAGAUGGUUAUAAAGCUCUGUCUUCAGCUCUGAGAUCAAACCCUUCACACCUGAAAGAACUGGAUCUCAGAGGAAAUGAUCCUGGACAAUCAGGAGUGAAGGAACUCAUUGAUUUACAAGAUCAGAACUGUCAAUUAAAGCUGAGGUUUUUGGAUUCUGCUGCAGAUGAAGCCUGUCAGUACGUGACUAGAAUUGUGGGUAAAAACCCAUUACUCCUAAAAGAGCUGAAUCUGAGUGAAUGUGAACUAGGAGACACAGGAGUGAAUCAGAUCUCUGCUCUACUGCAGGAUAAACACUGUAAACUCAACACACUGAUGCUGAAUAAUAACAAUAUUUCCACAAAAGGUUUUGCUGCUCUGACUUCGGCAUUUAAUUUAAAUCCUUCAAACCUGACAGAGCUGGAUCUGAGUGGAAAUAAAUUGGGAAACACAGAAAUUGGGAACAUUUGUCAACUGUUAAACAAACCACAAUUCAAAUUGGAGAAACUAAGGCUUUCAGACUGCAGCAUCACUGGAAAAGAUUAUGAAACAUUGAUUUCAGCUCUGAGAUCAAACCCCAAUCUGAUAGAGCUGAAUCUCACAGGAAAUGAUCCUGGAAAAUCAGGAGUGAAACUGAUCCUAGAUUUACUGGAGAAUACGCAGUAUAAAUUAAAGAACAUUAGAUUUUUGAAAAGUCGUGCUGCAGAGGAGGCAUGCGAUUAUCUCACUAAAGUUCUGGAUAUAAAUCCAUUAUUACUUCAAGAACUGGAUCUGAGCAAAAUUGAAUUAGAAGAUCUUGGUGGGAAGAAACUUUCUGCUCUUUUGAUGGACUCUCACAGCAAAGUGGAAAAAAUAAAGCUGAAUGAUUGUAAGCAGAUAGAAAAAAGCUGUUCAGUUCUAGCUGACGUUCUUUCCUCCAAAACCAUCCUGAAAGAGCUGAACCUGAACAACAGUCCUCUGCUGGACUCGGGAGUCAAACAGAUCUGUGAGGGACUGAAGAAAUCGAAGCUGAAAAUACUAAAGCUUUCAAACUGCUCUGUAACAGAAGGUGGUUAUAAAGCUCUGGCUUCAGAUCUGAAGGAAACCAGUUCACUAGCAGAGCUAGAUCUCACAGGAAAUGAUCCUGGUCAAUCAGGAGUGAAGGAGCUCAGUGAUUUACAAGGAUGGUUUGGAAGUCGAUGGUAUUCACUGAAAACUCUGAAGUUAUUGGGUCCUGCAGCAGAGGAAGCCCGUCAGUAUGUGAAGAAACUUGUGGAUAAAGACCCGUUACUCCUGAAAGAGUUAAAUCUGACUGGACAUAGACUAGGAGACACACGAAUGAAUCAGAUCUCUGCUCUACUGCAGGAUAAACACUGUAAAUUAGACACAAUUCAUCUGCGUAAGUGUGGUCUAACAGAGGAAAGCUGUUCAGCUCUCGCUACAGUCCUGAGAUCAAACUCCAGUCUGAAAGAGCUUGACAUGAGCAACAAUAAUCUGCAGGAUUCAGGAGUGAAGAAACUCCAGAAAGGAUUAGAAGAUACAAACUGCACACUGGAAAAACUUGGACUUUCAGACUGUGGUAUAACAGAAGAAGGUUAUAAAGCUCUGUCUUCAGCUCUGAGAUCAAACCCUUCACACCUGAAAGAGCUGGAUCUCAGAGGAAAUGAUCCUGGACAAUCAGGAGUGAAGGAGCUCAGUGAUUUACUACAAGAUCAGAAAUAUUCACUGAAGACACUGAGGUUUUUGAGUCCUGCUGCAGAAAGUGCAUGUCAAUAUUUGACUAAUCUUCUGAACACAAACCCAUUACCCUUGAGAGAGCUGAAUCUCAGUGAGCGUAAACUAAAAAACUCAAAUGUGAAACAGAUCGCUGAUCUACUGCAGGAUAAACAUUAUAAACUCAACACACUGAUGCUGAAUAAUAACAGUAUUACAGAAGAAGGUUGUGCUGCUCUGACUUCAGCAUUUAAAUCAAAUCCUUCAAACCUGGAAGAGCUGGAUCUGAGUGGAAAUAAACUAAGAGACUCAGGAAUUGAGAAGAUCUGUCCUCUGCUGUCCAAUAUACAAUGCAAAUUGAAUAAAUUGAGGUUAAAAGGCUGUGAUAUGAAACAUCAAGGUUGUACUGCUGUGACUUCAGCUCUGAAAUCAAACCCAUCACACCUGAGAGAGUUAGACUUGAGCGGAAAUAAACUCGGAGAAUCUGGAGUGAAAAACCUUAGUGAUCUACUGAGGAACGAUCGAUUCAAGCUGGAGAAACUACAUCUAUGUGGAUGCAGUAUUACAGAGAAACAGUGUCUCAUCCUGACUUCAGCUCUGAAAUCAAACCCAUCACACCUGAGAGAGCUGGACCUCAGUGAGAAUGAAAUAAAAAACAAAGGAGUGAAUGACUUAUGUGACAUACUGAAGCAUUCACACUGUAAACUGGAGAGAUUGAGUCUGCAUGGCUGUGGAAUUACAGAUGUUUCUUUAUUAACGAAGUCUUUGACAAACACACAAGCACUGCAGUUACUAAAAAGCUAUCUGAGUAAUAACACAAUAGGAGAGUCAAAAGAGCAGCUCAGUAAAGUACUACAAGGCUUAAACUGUGAAGUGAGCUUGGAGAAGGGAAAGUGGUUUAGCUUUAAAGCCGGCGUUAAAAGUAUAGUCAAUACUAUUAGUAUUUCUGGUGGAUCAAAAGCAGGGAAAGCAGAUCAAUCAGCUGGACUGGAUGAGUCACCCUCAGGUGGAGCAGAGAGAAGAGAAGAGUCUAGUAAGAAUGGAAAGGGGUCGAAUACACACGAGUCUGGGAGUGCAGUAUGAGGCCUGAAAACAUGAUGUUGGGUUUAAAUUGAUAGCUAAGCAUAAUUCUGAUGAUUACACAAUUUAACUCUAACAUGUAUCAUCUGAACUAAAAGUGAAAGUCAAAAGUGUGAAUUUUAAAUUGUGGUCUAUGUGCAAAAAAGUGAAUCUGUAUUAUCAGUUUGUCCUUUUUUUAUAUUUUUUAAUAUUUUUUUAACAUUCAUUAAUUGUUUAUACAUCAUAUAUGCAUUAUGCAUACACGUUUACAUCAUGCUUUUUUUGCGUCAUUCUUACAUUUGUGUUACAUAUUAUAUACACAGGUCUUUUUUUUAUUUGCAUUUAAGUUUAAGUCUGUUUUAAUGCACGCAUACUGCAGUGGAAAUCCUAUUGUAUUUGGUAAAUUUCCAGAGUGCUUAUUGCUAUUUUUUUAAUAUCUGAAGCAGACAAGGAACACGUAACAGAUUCCUCUGCUAGUGUCAUCCCCCUGGCCCCAGAGACCUCAGCUCUUUAUAUGUUGUGCAGCCCAAAACUGCUUUUUGAACUCAGUUCAGUUGUAUUUUUGAUCACCACCACCAUUAUCAAAAGCCAGAGAACUUGGAAAAGAAAUCUACUUAAGAACAAGUCACUUUGGGACAGGAAAGAUUAGAUGAGACAUUGCUUACAACAGCUGGAUAAAUUUAUUUAAGCAUGGAUAUAAGGCUGGAUGCCAUGGGCGUGCAAUUUUAAUUCCCUGCAAAACAAAGAAAUGUUGCUUCAUUAGAUGAUAGUUGGACUUGUUGCCCUCAUAACAUAAAUGCAUAACAUGUAGAUUAUCUGUCGUAGUACUUUCGGGCAGGAUGUUGGGUAUUUACAGUAGACAUAGUCCAGAAACAGGGACAGUGAUGUAGUGUUUAGAGAAAUACACUCUCCAGUCCAGUAGGGGGCAUUCUAAUCUGCUGACUUAUCAUCAGUGUUAGAAACGGAUGUGCUGCUUUUUUUGCAAGCAGCGGCGGACCUUUUUGUGUAUGAUUCUGCCUUGUUUACUGUUUUUGAUUCCUUGGAUUACCCCUUUUGCUCUGUCUGCCUGGUUUGGAUUGUACUUCUAGUUUUGACCCACUGUCUGUUUAUCAACUUUGCCUUUUGGGAAAAAAAAAAAAAAAAAAACCUGCCAAGUCUUGUAAUGCUCAGAUUAAUUUUAUUUCAUUUAAAAAAUAAUAAAAAUAAAACAUGGUAUGAAGUUA